AAGAAAACAAAAUACAAAACUUGAUUGAUAUUGGCAAAGCAAGGAAAUGGCCUGCGGAAAGUGCUAGCUGCCGAUUGGCUUCUUCUACCGUUCCCCAUACUUCCCCAGAUUCCCUUCCACCAUUCCAACCUCGGUUUCACGAUUCUCUCCCUCGCUCCGAAACCAUGUCGAUUGCUUGGACUUCUUCGUCUUCGGCACUUUUUGGAACCUCCUCCGUCCAAUUGAAUCCAUACAACACCAAAAACAUUGCUUCCUUCAGAAUCGGCACUGCCUUCUCUCGCCGUUCCUUCUCUUCACGCCCUUUAGUUUCCAGAAAGUUGUGUCGAGUGCUGGCAACUGUUCUGAAGGAAGAUGAGGAAGAAGUUGUUAUUGAGGAGUCAUUUCCUCCCAAGGCUUCUCCUGUCGACCGAGGGGAAGGGGGAAGUGAGGGAGGAGCCGAAAAUUCAUCCUCCAAUGCCUUGGAUAAAUGGAUCAUUAAGCUUGAACAAUCUGUUAAUGUUCUUCUCACGGAUUCAGUUAUAAGAAUUCUUGACGCUUUUUACCACGACAGACACUAUCCAAGGUUCUUUGUCUUGGAAACUAUUGCAAGGGUUCCCUACUUUGCAUUUCUGUCAGUUCUGCAUAUGUACGAAAGUUUUGGCUGGUGGAGAAGAGCUGAUUAUCUGAAAGUUCACUUUGCCGAGAGCUGGAAUGAGAUGCAUCAUUUGCUGAUCAUGGAGGAAUUGGGGGGUAAUGAUUGGUGGUUUGAUCGCUUUCUUGCUCAACAUAUCGCUGUUGCUUACUAUUUUAUGACAGUGGUUAUGUAUAUGAUUAGCCCCAGAAUGGCCUAUCACUUGUCUGAAUGUGUUGAAAGCCAUGCAUUUUCAACUUAUGAUAAAUUUUUAAAGGCCCAAGGAGAGGAGUUGAAAAAGUUGCCUGCUCCCGAGGUUGCUGUGAAAUAUUACACUGAAGGAGACUUAUACUUAUUUGAUGAAUUUCAAACUUCCAGAGCUCCCAAUUCACGAAGACCAAAAAUAGAUAACUUGUACGAUGUGUUCGUGAACAUCAGAGACGACGAAGCCGAGCACUGCAAGACCAUGAGAGCGUGUCAAUCACACGGUAAUCUCCGGUCCCCACAUUCGUAUUCAGAGAGCUGUCCUGAAGAUGAUGAGCCACUCUGCAACCUUCCUGAAGCAGCAGAUUGUGAAGGCAUUGUAGACUGUCUAAAGAAAGCCGUCACUUCUUCCCCUCCGGUAAAGCAAAAAUUAUGAUGAGUAUUAUAUGCAUGUACAUAGAAAGAAAAUGUAACUUCACCAGAUUCUCACAUAGCAAAUAUCUCACACGUUCACACGAGAAAGAGUGUAAGGUUCAUAUAUAGAUUAUUUGAUGGUUUUGUACAAGCUGACAUUGAGCCUAUCUUUGUUAUACCAAUUAUUUAGAAAUCAAAUU